GGGAGGAAUAGCAGAAAUUCAAAGCUUCACAUUGCAGUUGGGCGGAGGAAUCACAACCAACAAAGGGAAAUUUGGCGAGUGGAAACUGAAAACCCAAGAGUAACAAAAUUUGAUUAAGAAUUAAGUGCGAUUCUGUUGUUUGGAGGAAUACAAGUGUAGGCUUCAAAAGUCAUUCUAAUCAGAUUCAAAAUGGAGGCUGUUAGGCAGAAGCUAAACACAAUAAGACAAGAAAUAGAUGAAACCGAAGAAAAAGCAAAGAAUUUCGAGAUGUAUAUAAGAAUGGAGCAACAGAGACUAGAGUCGUGCUUGCUUGAAAGAGAGUCUCUGGAAAGAAAAGCUGAUAACGCGCUUAAGAAAAUAGAAGAUGCCCAGGCUCGCUACCAAGAAGCAUUGGACCGACUGGCAGAUGUGGAAACGUCAGUUGAUACGAAUGAAAGCAAACGCAAGGCAUUGGAAAAGAGAGAGUCUGACUAUGAUGAUAAAUUGGUGCUCCUAGAGGAGCGACUGCGCAUUGCGAAGAUCAAUUUUGAAGAGCGAAGGCAACUGCUGGAUGAAGCGAAGAGAAGAAAGGAGGUCUUAAACACCGAGCUGCAGAAAGCCGAGAAAAGGCUGCACGACGCCAAGGACAAGUCCGAUUUUUUCGAUUCCGAAAUUGAUUAUGCCGGGCAGCAACUGCGUCAGCUGGAGAGGAGGGAGAUGUCAUCGACUGACAAGGAAAUGGAGUUAGAAGAUGAGGUCAGAUAUUUGGCUGACAAGCUUAGAGGAGCCCAGGAAAAAUGGUUUGUGAGUGACGACAAAGUGAAAGCACUGUUAAGAACAAAGGAAGCUCUCGAAGACGAGAUUGAAGAAAUUAACUCAAAAACGCGAAAGCUUAAAGGUGAAAUCCAGCGAAUGUUUGAUGAGAUUCACAGCUACUAAUUAAAGACGCGGCUCCAGCAUGGAAGUUCUUUUUCUGGUUGUUCACAAAGAGCGCAACAUUAGAAGACUGUUAAAUGAAAAUAGGCAUGUAUUAGGGCUAGGGUUCAGAGGUAGGGCUAGGGUUCGAGGGCAUUGUCAACCUAUCGUUUACAAUAUCAUAAUCUUACACAAUCAUAUCAGUAGUUAACGAGCUGUUACACAGCACAAAGUUUAAUCUUUCGCGAGUUUAGUUACCUAGUAGAAUAACGCAACAACUUAUAACAUUUUAAGAUUUAGUUCAUGCAUCAAAAACUAGUUGAAUAAAACAAAAAAUAAUUUGCUUGUUCUAGGUCUUUAAACUCUUAGAAAAAAUUCACAAGAUAAUUAAUUAAUUGAUAUUUCUUAGGAUUUUGGAAUAAUUUAGGAAUUAAAGUUUUGAUUUGAUGGAAAACUAUGUUCAGGGAAAUACAGAUUUCUUGUAUACAAAAAACAAAGCAUACGAUGUGGCAAAACAACGCUGAUAGCAGAAAAUAUGUCGUUUCAAGUAACUGGCGCAACGGAAUGCGACUAGAAAAAAUUUAUGUAGCGUGACAUAAGGUGACAUUAGGCGACAUAGCAUGAACUAGGAUAAUGUAAUCCGUAGUAUGUGACAAAGCAUAAAGUCACGUAUCGUGACGUUUCGUCACGUCGUACCGUCAUUUGACGUGUCGUGACGUCACAUGAUGGAUUCAAUGUAGAAACUUCUAUCAUUCGUUCCUGCUUUUUAAAAUCCUCGUUAGUUUUGCCCAUAGAAAGAACUCGCAGUAAUAACAAAGAUAACGAAGAUAACAGCCGUUGAAGAUAUCCUGAUAACCUAGACGUCUCAACAAGAUAAUUUUAUGAUGCUUGUAGGGUUUGCUUGAAGUAAUCGAUCCUAAGCAAGUAUGUCCUUCGUAUGUGCAAUCGUAUGGUCUAUGUGUAGUAAGUUGGUUGAUCAACGUUGCUGCGACCGCCUCCAUUUAAUGUUUCCUUUAGCAAAAUCAAAGUUGAUAUCGAAGCUUUGCAAAGAUUUCUUAUUGAAAUUAUAGAGAAAUAUCCAUGAACAGAUUGUAGCAGUCUGUGUUUAUGUGCAGAAAAUAGCAGUGCAAAAACUAGCAUAUGCUGAACAAAACUGAAGAAUUUGUCCCCAACUAUUCCAUACCUCACUGAAGUCGAUCAAUGUCAAUGCACCCUGGUAAUUAGACACUCGAUAUUUUUACUGUAGCUCUUUCUUUAAGUUCAUUUCCUAAUUAGACGAACUAGAAUUACUGGUAUCUACUGGAUAUUUAUCUCUUAUAGGAAGUUAAUAUGAUGGUGAAAUAAAGCUAAUGUUCAAUUCAAAAAUGCUGUUGAGCUGCCUUAUGUUUUUAUAAUCAUCCGUUCUAGCUUUUAUCGUUUUAGUUGUAAAACCAGGAUGUAGAUGUAUCAUAUUAUUAUUUUCGUUCCAUUGCCCUCCAGAUUCACACCCUUGUAUCUAGGGUAAGAAUAGAUUCUUAUUUGUAGAAUGUUAAUCUUUGCUUUGCCAAGGGGUUCUUGGAUGGCCCGACAACACGUUUAAACUUCUCUUAGUCGUAGUUAUCAAUUAGUUCAGACAAAAUUACGUUUUUAUUCCAAAGCUUAAGCUGUUUUCAAAGACUCCUGUUUUCGCCCCUAGGUGAUUUUAUCUCUAGGAUCAGCCAGACAGAGGCCAAAAGCUUUCCUUAUUUCUUUGCCUUAGUUCUGCAUGAUCAAUGCACGAGGUUUCAGGUUAAUUUCUCUUCAUUCAGAAUCAAACUUUACAACGUCAGCUACACUUCAUAAAAUGGCUGAUUGCCUUCUGACAUAAAUGCUCACUUCAAUUUUUGACAUUUAAUGUCAAUUCUUUUAUAUUAAUUUCAAGACAAGAAGCUAGUUUUUACCAACUUACACUGAAACUUUAAGAAUACAUUUAAUCAUUUAGUCCCUCGAUGUAUAGAUUUCGUUCUGUUAUCUCAGAAGCUUUAGGUAAGCUGUAGUUUUUUGAAGGCUGUAUAGUUGCUCGUAUUUAACCAAUUGAUAAUUUUUCAAAUACCGAAAUAAUAAUCCUUAUUUGAUGUCGUUAAAUAUAUCGUUAAUCAAAUUUAUCCAUG